GGAAGUAAAGGUUUACUGGAAUUUUUCAUUAAAAUACCAAAAGCAUUGGGUCAGUUUUGGGUUAGAACUGGUAUAUUUGAAUUUGUAUUGAUAACUAGACAAAAUUUAACUUAUAAAAAGCCUAAAAUAUCUAACAUUUUUAAGUCACCACUUAAUCCAUUGUCAACUUCUCGCCAACUUUCAGACUUUUCUUGUCUAAUAAAACUUGAACCUCUCUAUUAUCAUAUUGUCCUAAUAUUAUUAUGCCAAAAAGGUCAUAAAACUGAGUAUCUGUAG